CACCAUUCUUUCAGCCGGGGGCUAGCAUCCCCACAUCUUUCUUGUUGCUACCACCAUGACAUGCGUUUGGACAGGUGGUUUCUGCAUUCUGCGCUAAUACUACUACUCUCCUUUUCCGUGCCUACACAUACUAGCCACAUAGAUAGCAAUUCACCACUCUCUGUCCUGCCCCUGCGCGCUGCGUCGGCUACUAUCCUUGGCUACGCCACACUUGCCGCUCCACCCAUAUACUUCGCUAUCGUCCCGUCUGGUAAUACUAUACAUCCGCUUCUCUGGAAGCAUGCUUGGAAGACUUGGGCCUGUCAGACUGCAACUCGGCUACCGGUAUUAAUCUCUGGGUUUGCCCGAAUACUACUACAUGUUGCAGUAGCGCUCCACCAUUGCACUGCAUCUAACCACCACCACCACCACUUUAAAACCAUCGUCCUGGGCCCAGCCUGCCUACCCCUGGUCCCAGCCCUGGAUUCAUCUGCAUGCGACACAGCUUCCUUUAGCAUGCCACCACCGCCCUCCUGCUGACGAUCCCCAUGACAGCCUCCAGCUAUAAGCCCCAGAGCCUGUCGUCCACGCCAAAGUCAGUCGUGCCGGCUGACCUGUUACUUCUGCGCGUUGAUCUCGCCUCAACACAGCACCAACAACAAAGGCCCAUGGCGCACGACACUCACAGACCCAGUCCUUUGCGGCCUGCAAACGAGCUUUGGUACAACAUCCCGGCUUCUGCGAGCCAACAUCAAGAAGAGGAACAAGACGGGCCAGAGCUCUCUGCAUACCAAGCCACGGCACACCGAUUUAGCUCAUGCUCUUCUCACCCAA